GAAGCUCGUGUUGAGCCAAGAGUCAAGGCAAAAGCAUUAAAACGCAUCAGGGCUGGGAGGAGAGCUUUCCGCUGGAAAACAAAUAACAUGGGAGCAAUCCAGUGAAAUGACAGCGAAGUGAGGAUAACGAGAGCCCCUGUCGCUUCACAGGAAGGUCAUUCCCCAAGAACAUAAGCAGUACGCAGACUAUUCGGAUAUUUGGAGUACAUACCCGACUGCAAGUGAAGACCUCGGCACAGCGAAACACUGUCCCGGCUUUUAAUUUUCAGGAAAACAAGGCAUGGGGGGAAUUACAUCUCGGCAGGGCAGCACUGGCUAGAAGAUCUGAUGAGCAGAGAGAGGACAGAGAAUAAGGACCUGGCUGUGUAGAGGAAUACAUAACUGUGACUGUUUCUCCUCAUCUGUCAGCUGGCAGGUUCCAUUAUCACAGCUGAUGACUGUCCCUCAGGUGCCUAGACUGCAGGGCUGAGCAGGAAGCCUGUGUGUUUGCUGAGGGGGUGCCCCAGCUUGUAUGUUGGUCACUUGCACUUGCACUCGCUCACAAGGACAAUGUGGUUUUCUUCAAGGAGAAGUCAUCUCCCCUCGCAGAACUGCCUCUGUGCCCACAGCUGCACCAGUUUCAGCGUGUCCUUGUGGAUUUUAAGUUUUUGUUGGUGCUUUGUGGCUGUGACAGCUCAGAACUACUACCCCACUGUGAACACUCAGUAUGGGAAACUCCGAGGGGUGAGAGUGCCCCUGCCUAGUGAGAUUCUGGGCCCAGUGGAUCAGUAUCUUGGGGUUCCAUACGCCGCCUCCCCAGUGGGAGAAAAACGCUUCAUGCCCCCUGAGCCGCCGUCUUCUUGGUCAGGAAUCAAGAACGCCACCCACUUUGCUCCUGUCUGCCCUCAAAAUAUUCACAAUGCUGUGCCAGAGAUCAUGAUGCCAAUAUGGUUCACGUUCAACCUGGAUAUAGUUACCACGUACAUACAGGAUCAACAUGAGGAUUGUCUUUAUCUAAACAUCUAUGUUCCAACAGAGGAUGUCAAAAGAAUAUCCAAGGAAUGUGCCAGGAAACCCAACAAGAAAAUGUGUAGAAAAGGAGGGGUCCAUCCAAAAAAACAGGGUGAGGAUUUAUCGGAUAACGACGGUGAUGAAGAUGAAGACAUACGUGACACCGGUGCCAAGCCUGUGAUGGUCUACAUCCACGGAGGAUCCUACAUGGAGGGGACAGGCAACAUGAUCGAUGGGAGCGUCCUGGCCAGCUACGGAAAUGUCAUCGUUAUCACUCUCAAUUACCGUGUUGGAGUCCUUGGCUUCCUCAGUACUGGUGAUCAGGCUGCUAAAGGGAACUACGGGCUACUGGACCAGAUCCAGGCUUUAAGGUGGAUCAGCGAGAACAUCGGCUUCUUCGGUGGAGACUCCAACCGCAUCACUGUGUUCGGUUCUGGGAUUGGAGCUUCCUGCGUUAGCCUGCUCACCCUCUCCCACCACUCUGAAGGUCUGUUCCACAGAGCCAUCAUUCAGAGCGGGUCGGCCCUCUCCAGCUGGGCAGUGAACUAUCAGCCGGUCAAGUAUACGCGUCUCCUGGCGGAAAAGGUGGGCUGUAAUGUCCUGGACACCUUAGACAUGGUGGAUUGCCUGAGGAAGAAGAGCUCCAGGGAGCUGGUGGAGCAGGACAUACAGCCAGCAAGGUACCACGUGGCCUUUGGACCCGUAAUUGAUGGUGAUGUUAUCCCCGAUGACCCAGAGAUCCUGAUGGAGCAGGGCGAGUUCCUCAACUAUGACAUCAUGCUGGGGGUCAACCAGGGUGAAGGGCUGCGGUUUGUGGAGAAUGUGGUGGACUCAGAAGACGGCGUGUCUGGAAACGACUUUGAUUUCUCCGUCUCUGACUUUGUGGACAGUCUGUAUGGGUACCCAGAGGGUAAGGACACACUGAGGGAGACCAUUAAGUUCAUGUACACAGACUGGGCAGACAGGGACAAUCCAGAGACCAGGCGCAAGACACUGGUGGCUCUGUUCACCGACCAUCAGUGGGUAGAACCAUCAGUGGUGACGGCUGAUCUCCAUGCUCGCUACGGCUCACCCACCUACUUCUACGCCUUCUACCACCACUGCCAGAGCCUGAUGAAGCCAGCCUGGUCAGACGCCGCCCACGGGGAUGAGGUGCCCUAUGUUUUUGGAAUUCCUAUGAUUGGUCCCACUGAUCUUUUCCCUUGUAAUUUCUCAAAGAAUGAUGUCAUGCUCAGUGCUGUGGUCAUGACCUACUGGACCAAUUUUGCCAAAACUGGAGAUCCCAACAAACCAGUUCCACAAGACACCAAGUUCAUCCAUACCAAGGCCAACCGCUUUGAAGAGGUGGCCUGGUCCAAGUACAACCCCCAGGACCAGCUGUACCUGCAUAUUGGCCUGAAGCCACGUGUGCGUGACCAUUACCGUGCCACUAAAGUGGCCUUUUGGAAACACCUAGUGCCCCACCUGUAUAACCUCCAUGACAUGUUUCACUACACCUCCACCACCACCAAAGUGCCCCCACCAGAGACCACACAGAACACCCUGUCCACCAAGAGGCCCAAUGGGAAAACCUCCUGGCCGUUCAACACCAAGCGUCCCCCCAUGUCCCCGGCCUAUAACAGUGAGGACAAAGACUCCUGGGGGGAGGAUGAGGAAACGGGGCCCCAGGUGGAGAAUCCGCGAGAUUACUCCACAGAGCUCAGUGUCACCAUCGCUGUGGGAGCCUCGCUGCUCUUCCUUAAUGUGCUGGCUUUUGCAGCCCUCUACUACCGCAAGGACAAGAGACGGCAGGACUCCAGCCACGGGCAGCCCAGUCCACAGCGCCAGACCACUUCCAAUGACAUUGGCCACCAUGCACCUGAGGAGGAGAUCAUGUCACUGCAGAUGAACCAGACGCACCACGAGUGCGAAGCUGGCAACAGCAAUGAAGGGGCACUACGCUUGGCCUCGCUGCCUGACUACACACUCACCCUGCGGCGCUCUCAGGACGACAUCCCCCUCAUGACCCCUAACACCAUCACCAUGAUCCCCAAUUCCCUGGUGGGUAUGCCCAAUCUGCACCCCUACAACACCUUCACAACUGGCUUCAACUCCACUGGCCUGCCGCACUCCCACUCCACCACCCGCGUAUAGCUUUAAGGAGGCCAGGGACGGCAGGCGCGGGUGGGGGGAGGAGGGAGCAGUGGUGGUGGUGGUAGUGGAGGAGGAAGAAUCGGAGGAUGAGCGAACAGAGGAGAGGCUUGUGUUUUAUAAAUAUCACGGCGGGGGGUGUGGGGGGGGAGUUGGAAGGGCAGGAGUCGGAUUAAGAUGUGGGGAGAUUUAACUAGACUUUUACUAUGAGGAGAGUUGCUGAGAGCUCUCUGGAUGUCAAGUUGUGCAGAGUUGCCAAAAUCAAACUGCUUCCCUCCUUCUGAUCAGGAGAGAGGGUAUAUCUGCAGUGUUUUUUUUCUAAUAUAAUAAUUUUAAAAGCCUUUUUAAGCAGACUGGGGAGAUAUCAACACUUUUUUUCUUGAAUUCAUAACAAACACACACACACACACACACACAAAGAGAAGUGCUUUUUAUUUCCUCUUUAUUUCUCUUCCUCCUCCAGGAGAAACAUGUAGAACAAUGGCCUCUAUGUCAAUAUUCACGAAAUGUUCUUAAUUGCUUCUUUGUUUUGCUUUACGUUUCAAUGCCUUACAAAGCUUGUUCGUUUUGUUAUCAUUUCUAUUCCCUGAGACUUUACCAAGCGAAGUGUGUUACAAGCAGAUGAGACUCAAAGAUGAGAGACUGAAUCGAGGAUGGGAAUCUACAGGAUAUGCAGAUGUAGAGAUUUUAAACCCAUUUUGGGCAACUCAUCAUAAUUUUUUUCUUUUUGAUGUGUACCAACACAACAGCCACACAAAUGGUGUUAUCCUGUUUUUUGUUUAAUUUUAUUUUUAGCUCAUAUAGAAAUGAUUUGUCUGGGACAGCUCUUGCCAGAAGAGGAGAAGACAGAUAAAUACUAUGUUACUGUGGUUGUUUUGUUAAGAAAAAAGUGCAUCUUUUACAGCCAAUUUAUCUGUUAAGCUAUCUGAUAUUAUCUCCGCAAAGUGUGCACGUGCACAUGCUGCUUAGAGCACCUAUGUGUUUGUGUGCAUGUGAAAAUGACUUCUCAUUCCCUGCGUGUGCAAGUGUGGUUGAGAGGCUGAGAUAGAGGAAGAGACAUUGUCUGAACUUGCAAAUGCAAGUGUGGUCAUCGAGUGAGUCUCUCUACGUGUGUGUGUGAGAGAGAGUGAGUGUGUCACAGUGUGUGUGUCCAUGCGCCUGUGUUUUGUUUGUAGG